AUGAUGCAAGACAAUGCUGCCAUGUGGGAUCAUCUUGCUGCCGGUGGUCCACCAGGCCAAGCCGCCGCCCACCCACAACCGAUCGUGACCAUGUCCAUGUUGGCGUGUGUCAUGUGUGCGAAUCAGUUUUCCAUGUCGGGCAAACUCAGCGAUCAUCGAACUCCUGUCUUGGCCGUGAAUCCAUCGGCAUCGAUUGAAGGUCCCUACUGUAUUGCCUGUGCGGGAAAACGAGAGGGAUUGCGUUCCUUUCAAAUUGACGAAGCUCGCGUCGCAUUGGUCAAGUUGAUGCAUCAGCAAUUGUCCACGGGAGCGGCAUAUGCUUAUGCGGCGUUGCAUCAUCAACAAGCAGCACAGCAACAGCAAUGUGGUCUAGACAACAACAAUACCAGCAAUACGAAUACUGGCAUGCCUCCUUACAACAAUAGCAACCACAAUGGCAGUGGAUCCUCCUGUGGCAGUGGAAACACCAACAACCACAAUGGCCAUGCUCCAUACAACACCUAUCAGCAGCAACAACAACAGCAAGCCAAACAAGAUGCUCCUGGUUUACUACGAGUAGCCUCAGAACCACCGGGUCAACAACUCCAUGCCAACAGCAAUCUCUUUUCCAUGGCCCUUCCUCAGGAACAACAACAGCAGCAGCACAACCAUAACAACAAGCAUAACAACAACAACAACAAGACAUGGUACAGCAAACCCACUACCAAUCAUCACAAUCAUCACAACCACACCAGUAACAAACGCCAAAAAGUCAAUCCAUCCAACUAUGUCAAGACGACCUGGUCGGACGAAGAAGAUCGCAUUCUCAUUCAAGCCGUCACGACAUCGCCGGAACAACCGUUUACCCGGUGGUCCGAUUUGGCCAAUUUACUGCCCGGUCGCAUUGGAAAACAGAUUCGCGAUCGAUGGCUCAAUCAUCUCGAUCCCAAAAUUGAUCGAUCGCCCUUUACCAAAGAUGAAGACUACAAACUCUACAUGGCAUUCAAAAAACACGGCAAACGAUGGGUCGAAAUCUCCACCAAGUACUUUGACAGUAAACGCUCUGAAAAUCAUAUCAAGAAUCGAUGGUACAGUGCGGCAUUCAAAAAGUUUGUCAAGGCGGAAUGGGGGGAAGAUCCAUUCAAUAAUAGUAGUACAACGACGACGACCACUGCAACGACUACGACCAAAAAGGGAAAGGAGGAAGCAAUCAUCGCCAACGCCAGUACUAGCAGUAGUAAGCAAGAACCACCAGGGGCCGAAGAACGACAGGAUCAAAGCAGUGAGUUGUUGUUUCUCGAAGAGAAAAAGGAAGCGUCCAACUAG